GGGGCGGUUUACAACAAAUCAGCCAGGCAAAAACGGAGGAAUAAGGAGAAAGAGAGAAAUACAGAAAUUGAAGUCCACUCCCCACCAAGAAAAAUUCUAACUGAUGAACCUAUGGACAUUGAAAAUGCCUUGAUGAAAGUUAAGAAGGGUCCACCACAAGGAGUAUUGGAUAUAGAUCUUGUUAAUUGUCCUCUAUUGUGUUCAUUUUAUGGUCAAGACAUCAUGAAUUAUUUACAGGCUCGAGAUACGACACUACUGCGAUCAGCUGAGUAUAUAAGUAAAGGGGAGAUAACCAAUAAAAUGAGAGGAGUUCUGGUUGAUUGGCUUGGACAAGUUCAGACCUAUGAAGGGUUAACGUCGGAAUCGUUACAUUUAUGUGUAUUUAUGAUAGAUCGAUUCCUGACGCUGAAGUUAUUACACUUGAAUAAACUCCAACUGCUUGGUAUCACUUGUCUUUUGAUAGCCUCCAAAGUUAUCGAACGUUUUCCACCAGAGAUCCCCAACCUGUGUCAGUUGACAGCAGGUGCUUAUCAGCCACAUGAGGUGCUAUCAAUGGAGAAGGAUGUGUUGAAUGUGUUGAUGUUUGACCUGAAUGUACCUGGACCUAUUGUGUUUCUAGAUAGAUAUUUACAAGUUGAUAAACACGAGGAAGAGAUCGAGAAUUUAUGUUUAUAUUUGAUGGAUCUGUCCUUAACUCACACAAGAUUUGUUCAGUACUCAGCCAGUCGAGUUGCUGCCAGUGCCUUGUACCUCGCUAGAUUCCUAUUCCAUAGUGGUCCGGCCUGGUCACCAGCCUUGGUCUACUAUACUAAAUUCAAUGUUGAUAAUCUGAUGGCAUGCGUUCGAUUG